CAUUACUCCUCGUUCAUGAUACGCACUGAGUUGCUGAGAAAGAUAAUGAGAAAAAAAAAUGUGAUCUAUAUUGUGCAUGUCCCCACUACGCGGUAAAACAACAAUGAAAAACCGGUACGACAUAUUACAAUAACAGAAUACUCAAUGAGAUACCACAAAAAAUAAUGGCUGGAACAUCAAAGAAUCCUGUAAUUAUCAAAGAUGAUGAAUAUCACGCCACCUACGAGGAAGAAAUUGCAGCCAUUGAUUAUGAGCUCCAGCAGAUUGAAAAUGAUCUACAGAAAUUGGAGGAUCGAAAGAAGAUCCUGACUUUGCGCAAGGAGAAAAUUCGAGAUGAUGCUCUUAUAAAGAAAAGUCUUUCCUUAGCCAAAAAAAAUUGGGACACUGAAGGGUUUUCUUGGUCGAAAGAUAUCCGAAAAGCAGCCAAAGAUAUCUUUAAGAUCGACAAACUGCGUCCUCUUCAAUUGCCUACUUUAAAUGCCAUAAUGUCCGGAGAGGAUGUUAUCCUGAUCAUGCCAACAGGUGGAGGAAAAAGUUUGUGCUAUCAAUUGCCUGCAGUGAUUAGUAAAGGUAUUACUAUAGUAGUUUCUCCAUUAGUAUCCUUAAUGGAAGAUCAAUUGCAUGGACUGCAUAGGAUAAAUGUUAGGGCAAUGAUGUUAAAUGCAAAAGCUGGAAAGGAAAAUGUCAAAACAAUAAUGACAGCCUUGGUUGACAAGAAAUCAGACCUUCAUCUGAUCUAUGUUACACCAGAAUACAUGGCCAAAUCAAAAAGAUUUAUGUCAAAGUUACAGAAGGCCUUUGAACUGGAUAAACUAGAUCGUUUUGCCAUUGACGAAGUGCAUUGUUGCAGUCAAUGGGGCCAUGAUUUCCGGCCAGACUAUAAAUUCUUAGGUAUCUUGAAGUCAAUGUUUCCCGGUGUACCUAUUCUGGGCCUUACAGCGACUGCACCUUCCAAAAUAAUUGUAGACGUCCAGAAGAUGCUUGACAUACAAGGAUGUCUGGUGCUUAGAGCAUCCUUUAAUAGGCCUAACCUUUUCUACGAAGUGCGCCGUAAACCCAAUGAUAAGGAACUUUGUCUUUCGAUGAUAGAAACGCUCUUGAAGAAUAAAUUUCACGGGAAAUCUGGCAUAAUUUAUACUACAACUAUCAAAGACGCUGAACAGUUAAUGACAGAUCUCAGAUCUCGUGGUCUCAAGAUAGGUUGUUACCACGCAAUGUUGGAAGCUGAAUAUCGCUCUAAGGUACAUGCGAAAUGGCUCUCUGGAGAGUACCAAGCUGUGGUAGCUACUAUCGCCUUUGGUCUGGGUAUAGACAAACCAAACGUGAGAUUUAUUAUUCAUCACUGUAUGUCAAAGUCGAUGGAGAAUUUCUACCAGGAAAGCGGUAGAGCUGGUAGGGAUGGUCAGAAGGCAUGGUGCAUAUUACUCUAUCGUCUAGCUGAUGUGUUCAAGUUAAGUACAAUGGUAUUCCAAGACAAAGUUGGCUUACAAAAUCUCUACAAAAUGCUUGACUACUGCCUAGAUCAGAGUACUUGUAGAAGGUCUCUAAUAGCCACACAUUUCGAGGAAACCUGGACGUCGUCAGAUUGCGCACAGAUGUGCGACCACUGUCGCAAACCCCAAGUAAAGAAAGAAAUGAAUAUAGCGCUUUACUGUCGGCAUAUAUAUCAAAUAAUGACUAAGGCCGUUCAAAGCGAUACUAGAUUGACCGCAUUGAAGUUAUUGGAUGCAUGGUACGGGAAAGGUGCCGUCGAAUCCAGAGUAUCCUCGGUGCCAAUACCAAAGUUUUCUAGAGAAACAGGAGAAUCUAUCGUCGGUCAUCUACUAACAAAUGGAUACCUCAAGGAAGAUUUUCAUUUUUCUGCUUAUUCAACUAUUACCUAUUUGAAACGGGGACCUAAAUCGGGACUAGCGCUAGAUUCUGAUCACAAGAUACCGUUCUACUACGAGUAACGUAGUUCUAGAUAUCAUUCUAGACAGAAUGAUUCUGUUUAGAAGAUCCUGAUGGCCUAUUGACGCUGUAUAUAUUCUUUUGUACCAAUAGUCAAUAGAAUGAGUGAUUGUAAAAAAAAACUCAGGACUCUUCAGGAACAAUAAAGCAAUAAAAAUCAA